AUGCCACAGCUCGACACAUCCACAUGAUUCAUCACUAUCCUAUCCAUAAUCCUCACAUUAUAUAUUAUUAUACAAUUAAAAAUCUCAAAACAUUUAUACUACCAAAACCCAGAACCGACCGUCACAAAGUCAACAAAACAUUCAACCCCAUGAGAAGACAAAUGAACGAAAAUCUAUUCUCCUCUUUCAUUACCCCUACAAUAA